AUGCUGGGCAGUCUGUCCUCUCCUCUAGCCGACACGAUUGUCAGUGCUUGGUCUCCUUGCUCGCGCACUUUUGCCUUACAGCUGGUAAUGUCCUGGGCAAAGCGUUUGAUCGAACUGGAUGAGAAAAAUGAGCCGGAUUCGGAAAAGUUGCACUCUAAUCUCGCUCGAGCUUCUUACGGGGUCCUUGAGAAUUGGGUCGACAUGAUCCUGCUCAAUAAGCUGGGUCCGUAUGCCUCAAACUCUGUGCAGAUUGAACCAGAUCCGCCUAGCUUUUUUGAAGAACCUCUAUGCCCUAUUGGUCCCAGUGCCCAAACUGUUACACCGCGCCUCAAAGAAACUGUAAUUCGCAAGACUGAAGCGAUGGUUCAGAAAGCUUUUGAUGAUCAGGAGAAGAUAACCCCACUCACUAUCAUUCUCAAGGACUCGAAAAACAGUUUGGACGCAGCUGCAUUGAGUGCUUUCCCGAAUGAAUGGCGUGAAUUGGAUCUCGCUUGGGAUCAUGUGAUACAUAAGAGACUGACCGCAGAGCCAGAGGCAAGUCACACAUUGAUUGUCGAUCUGAACGGAACCGACGAAUCGGCCGAGCACCGAUUGCCACAAUUGGUACAUCAAAUCGGUCAGUUCGCCAGGCGAUUUUGUCCUACUUCUGCUUAA